AUGUCUGGCAAAAAACGCGCUUCCCCCGGUACAGACGUCGAGAAAAAUCCUCUGGCACAUGUCGAACUCAACGAUGAAGAUGCUCUAAAACUCCAGGACAUCCAAAAAGACAUCCAACGCGUCGAACUUGUCAUAGAGCGCCAGGCUAUGCAAAAAUUGACCCCAGUCUAUGAAAAACGCCGUGCUGUCGUUAAAUCGAUAGAGAAAUUUUGGCCUGUGGCUCUCAUGAACAACACCAUGAUCUCUUUCCAUGCACAACACAAUAUUGAUCAACUUGCGCUGAGCUACCUUGAAGAUUUGUGGAUCGUUCGUGAUCCUAAGGAACCACGAUGCUACGCUAUUGAAUUCUAUUUCAAGGCAAACCCAUACUUUACUGACUCCGUCUUGAAAAAGGAGUACAAAUACGUACCUCCACCCGCCGCUUCAGACGACAAGCCUGAUGCGGAUGGCAUCACUGACUCCAUGCUCGACUUUUCUUGGGCCCGUGAUGUCCAGCCUUCCGCCAUUACAAUUCAUUGGAAGGAUCCUGAGAAUGCCCUGACCAAACUCCACCCCCGUGUGGCUGAGGUGGAUGGGGACGACGAUAUGCCCGCAGAAGCUGGCAGCUUCUUCAACUUCUUUGAGAUUGCAGAUGACCCCUUUGAAAUUGGCACACAGAUUGCCAAUGAGAUUUUCUCCGAGGCCACAGAUUACUUCAUGGGUAAUGUCGCUGGUGACGAGCUUGAUUCUGAGGAAGAGGACAGUGAAGAUGACGACGACGACGCUGAAGAAAUUGAUUUGGAGAAACCAAGGGCGAAAAAGCAAAAGAAGGAAUAG